GUGGGAGUUCGCCGGUCCUCCGGGAGGUGCUCCGGGUCGGCGUUAACUGAACGGGGCUGAACCGCUGAACCGCUGAACCGCUGCACCUUUGACAUUUGACAGCUGGGCAGGGGUCUGCCGCCCCCGGUGAGCGAUCAGCGCGUCAUGCGAAAUUGCCAGGGUGCCCACUACGGAUCGACGGUGGCCAGUGACUGCCUCCAGAAGCCCGCCAAGAAGCUGAUAGGGCGCUACCUGUUGUGCAGGGAGCUACGCGGAAGUAGAGUUCAGAGCGACAGGUUGCUUUUGCAAAAGGUCGCCGUUUGGGGUUGGUUGUCCAGAGCCACCUUGCUUUUUGAGAAGCAUCCAGACGCCCAGAAGCGUCGUAGUCGCACCCUGGGACGAGGAGCGCUCAGGCCGCCGUUUGUGAUGCUCGUACGAAGUAGCUCAGCCAGGGUGCCGAGUCACGAGCGCGAGCAGCCAAAGAGCGGCCGAGUUGGACGUUGCACAUCUGCACGGGGAUGCAGGUCGAGGGACGGACUGGUCGGCUGGACUGCUGGAGGACAAUCCUGGUACAGAGCACACAUCACCGCCAUCACAUUUCAGAAUUGUUGGGCCCGGCGCCCAGCCUCGGCUCGACCGCUUGCAUCAUACGAGCCGCCGGUGCGUCCCUUGCCUGUCCGUGGCCGUGGAUCCAUCGCGACCCUUCUCCCGGUGCCUCGACGCCCUGGCCUGGAUUGGCUGUCGCAAAUGCAAUCGCGGUGCAUGCAAGGGCACCGUCGUGUUAGCGGGUAUCGAAGGAAUGAGAAAUAUGACCAUUUGCGGGUACGAGUACCUUGCAGGAGAGCGCUCCGUCACUUGCAGACUGCAGUCGCAAUUGCUGGUCACCGGCAUCGCUUGUUGCGUGCUGUGCCCAUUUCCCGUCGCCGCAUUCCGGGUGAAUUGAAAACGUACAAAUCCGCAGGGUGGGACCUCAGGCCGGUGGCAUGGAUAUCCCGACUCGGGGAGCCCGGCAGUCUCGCAGAUAUCGGCAUCUCAGCGGAGAAUAUGCAGGAAAUCAUGGCUCCAUUCUAG